AUGUUUAAGAAUAAUGUUGCUGACCGUAGGCUAAAUUUGGAAGAAAUGAUUAAGAAUAUUAACACAAUUUCAUUGGAGUUGAAGAAAAUGAAAGAGAGCUCCCAGUUACUGCUUUGUGACCUUACUCUACAUUUUAAUUAUCCCGUGAACACAGAUGAUUUAAAGGAGACAGAAGGAAACAAGCCCCUCUUCGAAGACUAUAAAAUAUCAGAUGUGUUACUUGCUUCUAAUACUUUUUCUAAAUAA